CGCACUCCACGCGCGUCACGCUCACGUCGUCCGACCUCGCUCUUCGCGUCAUCGCACGCUCCCGCGCGUCAACGAACGCGCGCGUGAAACACAUCGCGUGAACGCGAGUCGAGUCGCGUCGUAUCGCGCGAACGUACGGGCAGUCGGGAGGUGUCGAGAUUUUCGCCUUCUCACAGGACAAGCGACGACCGCGAGCGCGAACGCCCCGGGGAUGCGACGGGGACUUGAGCCGAACCCUCUAGCGGAGGCGACGAAGGUCCAGACCAAAGCGCAUCACCUCGACACCGGCAGAGGAGGAUCCACCGCGGAGGGCGCGCUGCCGUACGACGUCUUGCACCUCGCCGGCGGCGGUCGCGCGUGACCGGCAUCGCGAAGGAGGAGGAAACCCUCGCGCGUUCGUCGAGAGAGACACGAACGCCGAGGAGCGCCGCGAGGCUCUAGGACGACGCGUCGACGCGCGCGCGAAUCGAAUCGCGGCGCGAGGCGAAUAGAUUAAGACGCUCGAAGACGUCGCGCGUGCGCACGCUUCGAGUUUAGAAGAGGAGAGGAACGGGGACCGCGCGCCGGCGAGCGACCCCGACGGAAGGCGAGAGGGCGAAGACGCGCGGCGUUCGUAUUCGUUCGCACCCUCUCGCGCGCGACGGGUUGGAAUAUUCGUUCGCGCUGCGAUGGCCACGAUCAAGCGCGUCGAGACGAUGAUCUCCAUGCACCAGAUGGACGACGAGGACGACCCGAAGGCGAACACGGUCGCGCGCGUCGUCCGCGCGCGCCGACCGCUCCCGCUGCUCACCUACGCGAAGCACCGUCAGGAGUGCGAACCCAAGCGCGUGCGCUCCUUCGGCUCAUUCGACGACUUGCGCGUCCCGGACAUCUCCGCGAACGGUCAGGGGUGCGUGAACAUGGACGCGUACGCGAACGACGGAGGCUUCAGCGACGACGGCAGCCUCUCGACCUCGUGCGCGGCGACGUUCGGCGUGAACGACGGAUGCGGCGGCAGCGACGGCGGCGGCAGCGACGCGGGCGGCGGCGGCGGCGGCGGCGGCGGCGGCGGCUCGCAGAGCGGGUACGUGCAGGACGUCUCGCCGUUCGACCGGAUCCUCCUCGCGGCGUGGGAAGAUCGAUUCGCGGCGGGUCUGUUCCGGUACGACGUGACCGCGUGCGACACGAAGAUCAUCCCCGGGAGGAUCGGGUUCGUGGCGCAGUACAACGAAGGCCGCGCGACGAAGAAGCGACCGACGGAGUUCAAGGUGGACCAAGUGUGUCAGGAGUUCGACGCCGGGAAGUUCAACUUCACCAAGGCGGACAAGGCUGAGAUUUUGUUUCGUUUUUCCCCGGGGGGCGUCGGGCAGACGCGGUCGGAGUACGUCGCGAGCGCGCCGAUCGAGUACGCUGACGCCGAUCGAGUACGAGGAGAGUCCGACGCGCCCACGGUGGUGUUCAUCAACGUCUCGCCGAUCGAGUACGGCCACGUGUUGCUCACGCCGCGCGUCACCGAUUGCCUCCCGCAGCGGAUAUCCAAAGACGCGUUGCUGCCGGCGCUGUUCAUGGCUGCGGAGAGCCGCAACCCGUACUUCCGCGUCGGGUAUAACUCGCUCGGCGCGUACGCGACGAUCAACCACCUGCACUUCCAGGCGUACUACCUCAUGGAGGCGUUUCCGAUUGAGCGCGCGCCGACGCGCGCGUUGGGGUUGCACGUCCACGCCGAGGGCGGCGCGUUAAGCUCGGGCGUCGUCGUCAAGAACGUCGUGGACUACCCCGCGCGAUGCCUGUGCUUCGAGCGCGCGGACCCGAGCCGCGGGAGCGACGGGUUCGAGUCGCUCGCCGCAUCGCUCGCGGUGUGCUGCGAGCGGUUGCAGGCGCGCGACGUCCCGUUUAACCUUCUCGUCGCGGAUCACGGCGCGCGGGUGUUUUUGAUUCCGAACCAGUUUUCGCAGCGCGCGGCGAAGGGCGCGCUCCCCGCGGACGUCGUCUCCACGGGCGUCAACCCCGCGGUGUUCGAAAUCUCCGGGCACCUGCUGUACAAGCAGCGGGAGGACUUCGAGACGUGCGACGAGGCGAGCGCGACCCGGCUGCUGUCGUGCGCGUCGCUCUCGGAGGAGGACUACGACGCGGCGUGCGCCGACGUCUUGGCGCUCCUCGACGCGGCGGAGACGGGGGGCGCGGACGACGCGUCGGCCACCUCUUCGCCCCGCGGCGGCCUGGGCCUGGGCCUCGGCGGCGGCCGCGUCAGCCCGCUUGACGACGGGUGGGGUGGAGUCGGACGCGGCGGGAGCAUCCCGCCGUCGAGCGAGUACGCCAACGACGUCGCGAUGACGGUGCCGGGGCGGCCUCGGACGAUGACGACGACGACGACGACGACGACGACGAGUCCGGGGGGGAGCGGGAUCGGGAUGGACGCCGCCAAGCGGAGGAGCGCGGCGGAGUCACCGACGCACCCGCCGCUGGUCGGGUCUUCGGACGACGAGGCCGUCGUGCCGUCCGUGUCGGAUUGA